AAGGCGAGGGGACCGCUAAUGGCCAAGUGGCUGAAAGAUUACUUGAGUUUUGGGAGCCGGAGGUCUCCCCCGCAGCCCCCCAAACCGGACUACACAGAAAGCGAGAUCUUAAAGGCCUAUCGAGCUCAGAAGAGCCUGGACUUUGAGGAUCCUUACGAAGACGUGGACAGCAAACCUGACCCGGAUCCUGGGGGGUCCCCGAACAAAGUGCCCGCCGCUGGCAACAAUUCGGAAGGGAAGUACGGCUCCCCCAAACACCGCCUCAUCAAAGUGGACUCCUCCGAUCUCAACAGGAGCAAAGCUCUCUUGGCCACGACCACGGAAGAGACAUUAGUGCCACCAGAUCAGCCCCCCGGCGAGAGUGAGUAUUCGGACCCCUUCGAUGCUCACCGAGAGCUGAAAGAAGAUGGGGAGGAGGAUGUGGAGCUGGAAAACAAUGGAUACAUGGAACCCUACGAUGCUCAAAAGGUGGUGACUGAUCUCCAGCGCAAAAGUGACAGGGAGGAGAGAAAGGUGAAGAAAUCCCGGAAGGGUCUACAGUUGUACGACACCCCCUACGAGGAGAAGGAACCCGAGGCCAACCCAGAGGGCUCCUCUGCAGAGACACCCCGAGAGAGCCGUCUGCCUCAGGACGAUGAGCGGCCAGCGGACGAGUACGACCAGCCGUGGGAAUGGAAGAAGAACCACAUUUCUCGGGCGUUUGCAGUAGAUGUUAAGGAGACUAACGUAUUACCCUGGCCACCGCCGGUGGGACAGCUCACAGGGACGGAGGAGCCCCUAGCUCCAGAAGUGCAGUUUGAGACCCCUGAGUGGGAACGGACGUCCUCAAUUUCCUCCUCUUCGGUGCACAUGGAGCGUUUGCACCAGCCAAAACACCUGACGGGCAGUUCCAAGUUUGGCCGCUCCCAGAGUCCGGAGGGCAGCCCCCCUGCGGCGGAGUGGGUAGACCCCUCCCUUCCACUGGAAAAUCAAGCGUGGUUCCACGGCCCGAUCAGUCGAGCAGAAGCCGAAUCCCUCUUGACCCUGUGCAAAGAAGGCAGCUACCUGGUGCGGAACAGCGAGACCAGCCGGAACGACUACUCCCUGUCACUCAGGAGCAGCCAAGGUUUUAUGCACAUGAAAUUCACCCGGACCAAGGACAGCAAGUACAUCCUGGGCCAAAACAGCGCUCCUUUCGACAGCGUUCCGGAGGUGAUUCAUCACUACACCGCGCAGGAGCUGCCCAUCAAGGGGGCCGAGCACCUCUCUCUGCUCUACCCAGUCGCUGUUCAGACUCUGUAA